AUGGAAAGAAGAGGAAAUUUUCAGUCAGGUACUAACUAAUCCAGACAAUAUGGUAUAUCUCAAACAUUAACUCAAUUACCAAUAGGCAAUCAGUAAAAGAAGCCAUACUACAAAGAAGAAGAGUCAUACAAGGGCUCUAGCAGACAAGGGAACUACCAAAACUAUCAGCAAGUCAACCCUGAAGCAACUUUUAGUCAGGCAAGUCAACCCUUCUACAAACAGUCAAGUCAAGGUUAGAGACCACCCAACAACAACAGAGGAGGCAACAACUAACCAACCUUCGACUCCAGACCAAAGGCAAGCUAAUUCUCCUAGACAAAAUCAUCUCAAGUGAAGUUGAUCACCAACCAGUAUCAACUUAAGCUAGGCAAUGAACUUUCAGUCUAUCAAUAUGACAUUUCUAUCACUCCAGAUGUUAUGAAUGAGGCCUUCUUGAUCAACAAUAUCCUCAGAGGCAUCAAGAAGAGAAUUGAGGUUAUCUUCGGACUCUAUGUCAUCUCAGGUAGAUCUAUCUAUUCAACUCACGAUCUCGAAGAUAACCUCGUCAUUGAGACUGAAUUUUAGAGCAUGAAGUAUGUUGUUCUGAUCAGUGCUGAGUCUAAGAAGUACUUCUCCGGAAAGAGUAUUACCAACUCCAAGAUGGAAGAUAACAAUGUGAUCUUCAACUUAAUCAAUAUCAUCAUCAAGCAAGCCUUCAGAGACACUGACCUCAGACAAAUCGGCAAACAGCCUAGAUUCUUUGAUAUUUCUAAGGCAGUCAAUGUUGAAGGCUCUGGAUUGCAAGCUUGUCCAGGUUUCAGAGCCUCAGCAUUCAGCUAUCAAACAGGUUUAGCUUUGGUCCUUGAUAGCAUCAAUAAAUUCAUCUCCAACAAGACUUGCUAUGAAAGAAUUCAAGAGAUCUUUGAAUCAGAAUACAUUAAUGAUAAGAUUAACAAGGUUCUUGAGGAAUUCAAAUUCAAGUCAGUUAUUGGUAUGUGGGGCAACAAGAAAGCCUACAUUGUGAUGGAUGUUAUCUUUGACAAGAACCCUCUCACUAUGUACUUCGUUGAUGGCAAUGGAAAGAAGAUGAGUAUUGCUGAGUACUUCUCAACUACCUACAAACUCAAAAUAAAGGAAAGAAAACAGCCACUAUUUAUGGUCAAGAUCAAUGGUAAGGAAUGCUAUCUACCCACUGAGUUUUGCACAAUUGAUGGAGUGCCUUAGCAAAUCAGAGAGGACCCAAUGAAAAUGAGGAAUGUGCUUUCAUCCUGCAGAAAGAACCCAGACUAGAAGUUCUAAGCCAUCCAAGAUUUCAGCAAGGAUCUCUUCGGCUAAAGAGCUCUUCAAAACUGGGGAAUUGAAAUUGCUCCUGAACCAAUCCAUAUCACUUCUAAGAUUUUACCUCUGCCAAAUAUUGCUCUUGCUAACGGAGGCUUCUAGAAUUGUGAUUAGAAAGCUUUGAGAAACUUGCCUGUUCAAAGAGCCAAGAAACUUCAGCAAGAGAGAUGGAUAAUGGUAUACGAUAACAGGAACUUCAACAAUGCUAACAACGUCCUGCAGUAAUUCUAACAAGCAAGCAGACAAUUGCAAAUGAGUGUUGAGGAUCCCCUUUGGAUCGAGCUAGAAAACUUCAAUCGUCCAGAUGAGUUUGAGAGUCAGUUGAGAAACCUAUUGAAAAAAUCUAAGGGAGAGCCAUCAAUUAUUGUCUUGAUGCUUACUAAUGAUAGGCAGUACAAGACUUACAAGAACAUUUGCUACAAUCUGAACCUGAUAUCUUAGGUGAUUUCUUCAAAGACCGUAAGAAAGAUGAAUCUCUCUGUUGCCACUAAUCUACUCAAGUAAAUCAAUUCCAAACUGGGAGGAGAUUUGUACAACAUUGGAUUCUCAAAGGAACUUUCAAUGAACACUAUGCUAAUUGGUAUCGAUGUCUGUCAUUCUGGGCCUUAGUCAAUAGUUGGAUUCUGCGCAUCUAUCAACAAGGACAUGAGUCAGUACUACUCAGAGAAGCUCAACUAGAAGAGAGGGUAGGAGAUCGUGGAUAAGUAGUUAAAGGAUGCUCUAAAGAGAGCAAUGAGUUGUUUCUACGACAGAUAAGGUGACAACCCAGAGCACUUUAUCAUUUACAGAGACGGUGUGGGUGAUGCAAUGAGAAGAUAGGUGCUUCAAAAGGAAAUUAGCCAGUUCAAGGAAGCCAUCAAUGAGACCUACAACCUUGCCAAGAAGAAGCCAUUCAUCACUGUGAUCAUUGUCAACAAAAGAAUCACCCAGAGGUUCUUCGUCGAGGAUGGAUCUGGCUAGCUUGCUAACCCUCCUUCAGGAUGUCUCAUUGAUGAGCAGAUUGUAGAAAACUAAGACUCAAACAUCGAGUACGACUUCUAUCUAGUGCCUCAGAACACCACCCAAGGCUGCGUCCUUCCAACUCACUUCUAUGUGGCUCACAACAACUCGCCUCUCAAGAAGGAAACUAUUGAACAGCUGACCUAUGAUUUGUGUCACUACUACUUCAACUGGGCAGGUCCAAUCAAAGUGCCUGCCCCUUGCAUGUAUGCUCACAAGAUCGCUGAACUCUACAUGAAUAUUGGCAAGGAUGUCCCCACUAAGAACCUCACAUCGAAGGUUUAUGAAGUACUUCAUUUCCUUUGA